AUGAAAAACCAGAAGGGGCCAAAGAAGGAAUUAGCUUCGCGGAGCGAAGCAUCAAAGCCGUGGAAGAAUGAAUACAAGACGUGGAAGGUGGAGUAUUUCUAUGUUAACUCUUCCCUGGCUGACCUUCCUGCUUGGAAUUACACCCUUGAAGACGAAAAGGUGUUGGAUCCUUGGUCCGCGGCUGACAAGGGGAACAUGAUCAAGAGACAAUCUGACCUCGACAACUUGGUGUCGUGGACAGAGCCAUACAACUAUCUAGAUAUAGCAACUUUGAGUGAUGUUAUUACUAAUACAGAGCAAGAGUCUCGAGGUGCGUCGUCGUCUCAGCAAGAUCCUCCUGCUUCCGGUGGAGAGAAGUUGGGGCCAUCCACGGCCUCGCAGGACCCUCUACCCCCCACUCAACAGCCCCCAGCCGCGUUUGUAUCCAAGUAUAAGAGACCCGCUCCUCCGCCUUCUGAGGAUGCUUUGAAGCGGGUCCGAUUUGAUGUGACAAUUACCCCUAUCUCCACGGUUGCAUCGGAAGGGCUUGAUCUCACCCCCGACAAUCUCUUGAAGGAGACGUACACUGAUAGGGAUCCUCGUCCGUGGAAGGUGAGGUCAACGGACAUUCCCAGGGGCACGAAUUUUGUACAGUUCAACCCUCGCAAGGUGCCAGGUCUGGACAUCAAAGAGGUUGACGCCCCAACCAUUGACGACUGCAUGAGACAGGCUGCGCAGACCACGGCUUCCUUUGGUCGUCUCAUUCAGAAUUACGACGACCUCGUGUCAACACAUGAGAAUACGGUGGCCAAGCUCACCGAGGAGCUCCAGGGGGUCAGGUCCGAACUGGACAAGGGAUACCUAACACCUAAGGUCGACAUCGGAGUACCUACUGGUUCGACCCCAACCGAUGUUCCAUCCACUUCUGGGAAUGCAAGUAUUCCUUACAUCCAUAUUACACUUCCCGAGCCCCAUUUCGACCCGGAUAACUAUCCAUAUUAUUCGGCCAUAGGGAAGGAGCCGAGGUCUCCAAUCUCCGUCGACUCAACAAGGACCAAGAACGGUAUUGGGAAGACCAUCUCAAAAAUGCAUAAAGAUGGACAAUUUAAGCAACCAGAGGCUUGUGGAGAAUUGGGAGGCACGUUCAAUCCGGAGACGCAAUGGCGAGAUGGUUGCGAAGCGAUGAAAGACGUGCCCGUUUCUCCGAUUGCUGAAGCCGAGAAAAAGAUAUAUGAGGACGAUGCCUUAUUCUAUGGAUUAGGUCGCGCCCACUAG